UCAUACCUCCUCGCGGUGCCCUUACACUACCGCCCUCGACCGCCACUACGCGGACCUUUCUCGUCAGCGUCGUGCUCAGUCCCCCCCCGGCGCCUCAUGUCCCCGCGGCGCCUCCUAGCCACGGUGCAGUGUACACCUGCGCCCUCCUCAGUAGUGGGCUUCCCGACAUCUCCGUCGCGGUUCGCCCCUCUCGCUAUUGGAGUUGAGGUAUCGCAGGACUCGGCAGAGUGUACUCCGCCCUCUGUCGCCGUACCGUCUGCGCCUCCGCAGACCACCGUCUCCCCUCCUCCCCCGCCACGACUACUGACGCGUCGAGCAAUUCGCUCAGCCUGUUGCAGCGAGCAGCUUGCUACUCGCGAGGACGUUGUGUCCUCUCUUCUGGACUUGAGCAUGCUCCAGCCUCGUCAGGAGCGACUCACCCUCCAUGUCGCUGCACUACGUCGCCUUCUCGCCAUCCCCUCCGACCCUGAUCGCACCCUCCCGAUCAUCCCCGUACGACUCGGGACCUCCACGAGGGUGUACUCAGCGCUGUGGGAUUCCGGUUCUCAGGGCGACUUCAUUCACCCACGCGUGGUGAAGGAAGCCCGCUUACCCACGACAGGGUCUCCGACUCUCAUCUCCGUUACCCUAGGGGAUGACAAGACCCAGCGCUUCUUCGAUCAAACGGUCACCGACCUCCCCUUCUUCCUCACUCUCGAGCCGACUGAGCGUUCCCUGGCGUCUCGUCGCCACCGCUCCUCUGCACAUUUCGAUGUGAUGGAGACGGGGUACGACUUCAUUCUCGGCACUCCGUGGUCUCGUCGAUUCCGCAGCACCGAGGCCGAUUGGGCGACCAACACUCUCGUUCUCAAAACGAAGUGUGGACARACGUAYCGCGUACCUUUCAUAGGUACCACGRCGACRCCACRCCCCGAUCCUCCUCCCCCGGAGCCUUCAGUGCCCACACCAUCUCCCUCUAUCACUGUCACCUCGCCUCGGCAGUUBGYUCACUUCAUUCGACAGGACGAYGUYACCUUCUUUAUGGUGGACGUGACRGAUCUCUUACACUAURAUCCACCCUGUCCCGACGCCGAGCUCAUCCCUCUGGAGCCAGAUCCUCCCUCUAUCUCCAUGGCUCCCAUCUCUACUUCCGUCCCUCCGCCGUCCGUCGAGUCCACCCCGCCGUCGCGCGCUGACGCUGACGCUGAGGAACUCGCACGAUAUACGGAUGACUUGGAGCCCGCAGUUCGUGACCUCAUCCGAGAGUACCGCGACGUUUUCUCAUCGUCAUUCUCGUACGCCGGCAUCCCACCGAUGCGUGACACUCUCGAUCCCCGAGGCCACCGAACUCAAUGUCAUCUUGAGGAGCUCCUGAGACUGGGUUUCAUUAAACCCAGCAACUCCCCGUGGGGUGCACCCGUCCUCUUUGCUCACAAAGCGGAUGGAACUCUUCGUCUCUGCAUCGACUACCGCGGCCUCAACCGCUACACGGUUAAGAACAGCUACCCCAUGCCUCGUUCCGAUGAGUUGUUCGACCGCCUAGCAGGCAACCGCUUCUUUACGAAGAUUGAUCUUCGUAGCGGUUACCAUCAGAUCCGCGUCGCUGCAGCCGACCAGCCGAAGACCGCGUUCCGAUCGCGAUUCGGCCACUACGAGUUCACGGUGAUGCCAUUUGGCCUCACCAACGCACCCGCUACCUUCCAGAGGGCGAUGAAUGACAUCUUCAGGGACAUCCUGGAGCAGUACGUUCUCGUCUACCUCGGCGAUAUCCUGGUCUAUAGUCGUACCCUUGAGGAGCACCUCAGACACCUCCKCGACGUCCUUGACCGCUUGCACAGACAUGGCUUCUACGCCAAGCUAAGCAAGUGCGGGUUUGCCCAGCACAAAGUGGAUCUCUUAGGACACUACGUGUCUGACCAGGGUCUCCACAUGGACAAUGUGAAGAUCACUGCUAUUGCGGAGUGGCCCGCUCCCACAUCCGCCAAGCAGCUUCGCAGCUUCCUAGGCCUGACCAGCUACUAUAGUAACUUCAUCCGGGGAUACGCUAAGUAUUCCUACGUCCUUACCUCCACCAUCCUCCGGAAGAACCCACCCUGGGCUUGGACACCCCUCAACGAGGACGCCUUCCGCGCCCUCAAGAAGGCGGGGACAUGCGCACCGGUUCUUCACCUACCCGAUUUUGACCGCCCUUUUAUCCUUACCACCGAUGCGUCAGACUUCGCUGUAGGAUGAGUGUUUUCUCAGGUCUUCCCCUCAUCUCCUGAUUCCUCUCACCCUCGUAUCCCUCGCUUCCCACCACCUACCCCUACCACUCUUUCCCGACUAACGCCUACUCGUCCAGCUACUDACGAGCCUUCUAUUGACUAUUCUCCUACCAUCACCGAGGACGGCACUGUCGAGUCUCGCUCAGGUGAUUGUCCGAUAGCCKUCUACUCCYGUCAGCUCCUGCCCGUCGAGAUAAACUACACUGCUGAUG